CCAUGGAGGACGUGAAUGAGUACCGCAACACGGAGGAGUUGGCAGAGGGAUCCGAGAUCAACGCCAGCAAGAAUCAGCAGGAGGACGGUAAAAUAUUUAUUGGAGGUCUGAGCUGGGAUACAAGCAAGAAAGACCUGACUGAAUGUUUGUCGCGAUUUGGGGAAGUUGUAGACUGCACAGUUAAAACAGAUCCUGUCACUGGACGAUCAAGAGGAUUCGGAUUUGUGCUUUUCAAAGAUGCAGCUCGUGUUGAUAAGGUUUUGGAACCGAAGGAACACAAGCUGGAUGGCAAAUUGAUAGAUCCCAAAAGGGCCAAAGCUUUAAAAGGGAAGAACCCCCCAAAAAGGUUUUUGUGGGUGGCUUGAGCCCAGAUACUUCUGAAGAACAGAUUAAAGAAUAUUUUGGAGCCUUUGGAGAGAUUGAAAAUAUUGAACUUCCCGUGGA